GAACUAAGAUUAACAAUAAGGAAAAAGAGAAAUAUGAUGCACCAAGGAGUGGUUGGUUUCACCACCUAAACCAAAACCACAACGAAAACCACUCACUCAUAGUCAUACAACCAAAUCGCAUUACUACUUACCACCAAGCAAAGUGCAUUUCUGAAUGAGUCCAACCAGAAACCAAACCCGUGUGCCCACUCUCUCUCUCUAGACUUAACCAUUCCAGCUUCUAACCACUAACCAAACAAACUCUCUCUUUCUCUUUCUCUAUGGCCUCACAGCAACACGACACCGUUUUCGAAGACAUCGACGACGACGAAGACGAAUUUCACGAAUACGAAGAAGAUGAAGAAGACGACGACGUUUUAGUCGACGACGAAGAAACCGAUCCUCCUUCCUCUUCCCGCUCCGUCUCCGUCCCUUCCGUCACAGUCGCCGUCCCAGGCUCCGUCAUCUCCAACGGCGCUAUCCGACCCCCAAUUUUAACUCCAACCGCAACCACCAUCGUCUUCCCCGCCGAUUCCUUCCCCUCCGAUUCAAAACGCCAACAACAACUACAACUACAACGUAUAGAUCAAAUUGAAGAGAAAAAACCUCUGGAAGAUUCACGCAAACUCUUCCAGCGUCUAUGGACCGACGAAGACGAGAUGGAACUCUUACAAGGCUUCCUCGACUACACAUCUCAAAGAGGCUCUUCUCACCACAACGACACAGCUCAAUUCUACGACCAAAUCAAAUCCAAACUCCAACUCGAUUUCAACAAGAAUCAACUCGUCGAGAAGAUCCGAAGGUUGAAGAAGAAAUACCGAAACGUUCUCAACAAAAUCAGCUCCGGCAAGGAAUUCGUCUUCAAAACCGCUCACGAUCAAGCUACUUUCGAAAUCUCACGCAAGAUCUGGAACAACGUGGCACCAGUUGCUGGUGAUAUUGCCAUAGACGAAGAUGAAAUCAACCUGAAUCCUAGUCCGAACCCUAACCUGAAUUUUAGUCCGGUGAUUCUCAAGACUGAGGCGAAUUCGAACACGAGGAAGCGAUCGCGGCCUCGAUCUGUUAUCAGAACGUUCGAGAAACGCGAAUCUAUUGAAGCUUCAAAUUCAAUUAGAGAUCGUGAUUAUCUCAAUAUCAACCUCAACAAUCCUAAUCCAAAUCCUAUUCCAAUUCAUAUUCCUAAUCCUAAUCCAAUUCCUAAUCCUUACAUCACUGCAACAACUACUGCAACAACUACUGUUAAUGCUGCUAUAACACCUAAUAUUACUGCUACUCCUAUCCCUACUAUAAUUAAUGCUAAUAAUUAUAGUACUAAUUGCAGUAGCAUUGGGACUAGUGUAGCAGGUGUGAUUGAGGAAACAGUGAGGAGUUGUUUAUCACCGUUGUUGAAGGAAUUGGUGGCCGGUGCGGGCGGGUCUGCGAUGGGAGGAUCGGUUGGAGGAGGAAGAGGAGGUUUCGGUGGAUUCGCGAUGAAUCCGUUGCCGUUUCAGUUCAUGAAUUCAGGUUUCGGAGGCGGAGAAAUCAUGGAUGAGAAAUGGAGGAAGCAACAGAUUUUGGAAUUGGAAGUGUAUUCGAAGAGAUUGGAAUUAGUUCAAGAUCAGAUCAAAGCAUCUCUCGAUGAGUUGCGUGGAUCUGGAGGAUGAGAAUUCAACAUUCCGAUAUCAAACUCGAACAUCAUUUAGAUAAUUAUUGUUUUAACUUAGUGAUUAGCUUAAGUUAUUGUAAUUCUUCUCUUCAUGUUCUCACUUCAUUAUACAGAUUUGGUUCUUAAUUUAUCUACCAAUAUGGUUGAUGAAUGAUGAUACUCAUAGUUUAGCAGCUAGUUAUUUUCUUUUCUUUUUGUGUUUAAUUCGAAUAGCAUUUGUGUUUAAUAAAAAAUUGUAACUUUGGAGAA